CAUAAUUCACUCGCAAUAAGACAAAAUCUAUAAUCUAUAUUAUGAAGCCUAAGACUCGAGUAUAAUGAUUAAGAUAUGCGGCACGAUCUAGAAAUGGCGCGCAACGAUCGAUGAAAUUAUUCCGGAUGUACUCCCGUGCGAGUUGUUCAGUUGUAUAACAAAUAGUGGUCACGGUGGGAGACACUCUUUGUUUUCGUAAGAGAAGGCGCGAUGUAUAAAAGACACCGAAGCAACCGAGAAUAGCCAAGUGUCUCAGUUUUCGCAGCGAGACAAUCACUUACGAACCGCAGCUAAAAUGAUGACCAAAAUCUUGGUGGUUCUCGUUGGUGCUCUCGUGGCCGUUUGCUCCGGCGGCGGAGUGAUACCAGCGAUUUCAACGAUUCCAGCGAUUCCGGCGGCGGUGCCCGCGGCCCUGACAGUGGGAACUUACGCUACGAGUUAUAACGCACAUGCCAUCAAUCACGCCAUAGCCGCCCCAUACGUAGCGGCUGCACCAUUGGCACCUUACUCCGCUUAUCACGCUUUGCCGGCCGCCUAUUCCGCCCCUAUUAUCGCUGGAAAACGCUGAAAACUAAUAUAUAUAUAUAUAUAUCUCCACUGGAUCUGGCAAAUUUUAAUUGGAAACUGCUACGUUAUUGAAAUACAUGUGUUUUUUUUUCCAUACGUUUCUUCUUUACAUUGUAAAUAUAUAGUACGCUGAUGUACGA